AUGAACCUGGCCCACACCACCGUGCUCCUGUGGGUGUGGGGGAGUCUCCAGGCCUUUGAAAUCGUGGAGAAGGAGAAUAUUUUUCAGAGGACCCCCUGCCCAGCUUUCCUGAUGUUUGACAAUGCAGCCUACCUGGCCGACAUGAGCUUUGAGCUUCCCUGCCACUGCAAGCCCGAGGAGGUGUCUGCUGUCGUCUGGUACUAUCAGAAGCACCUCGGAAGCAGCCACACCAAAGUGCUGACAGACUUCGAUGGGCGGGUGCUGACAGAAGCAGCCCAGGUGCGCGUGGGCAGCGACAUGCUGGUCCGCUUCAGCAUCCGCAUGUUCAGCCUGCUGGUCUUCCGGGCCCAGCCCGAGGACUCAGGCUUGUAUUUCUGCGGCACCCGCAAGGGGGACUACUUUUAUGCCUUCGACGUGGACAUCCAGAGCAGUGAGGGAAUGGUGGCCACCUUCAAGGACCAAGGCCAGGAGCCCUUUGCCGAUGAGUACCACGGGAGCCUCCAUGUCUUCACCACCUUCUGGGAGUGGACUCCCUGCGACCGCUGUGGGGUGCGUGGGGAGCAGUGGCGCAUUGGCCUGUGCUACCUGCAGAGCCCAGACCUCUCCCCACGCUACCACAAGACACGAAGUGACGUGGUGUCCUGUGGUUCGCAGGCUGUGCCGAGAAAGCUUCGGGCCAAGGCCAGUGACCAUACCCCUGAGCUGCUCGUUCAGAGCUGCGUGGUCCCCUGCGAGAAGAAGAAGAAGAUCCAGGAGGGCGUGAUGGCCAUUAUCAACUAUGUGUCCAAAGUGGGCAGCCGGCCCUGGGUGCCCCAGGUGCCCAUUCAGUUCCACCAGCAGAGGCUGGGCCAUGGACUCAUCAUCUCCUGUCCGGGGGCCCGGCCAGAGCAUGCCGUGGCCUGGGACAAGGACCACCAGUACCUCUACCGCACGCAGUACCUGAAGGGCGUCAACCGGUCCAUGAGGGUGUUCAUUGACCACGGCAACCAUCUCCACAUCCGCUUCACCCAGCUGGGAGACCGGGGCAUCUACUACUGCUGGCGGCAAGGGGUGCGCAUUGCUGGGUUCCGACUGGGCGUGACAUCUCGAGGCCGCUACCCCGUCUCACUUUCUGACCCCGAGACUCGUGCCGCCGUGGUGCUCACCCUGAUAGGUUACUUGCUCAUCACGUUCAUCUUUGUCACCAUUCACCUCUGUCGUUGCUGCUGUUACUUAUUCCGCUGUUGUCCCAACUUCUCCCUCUAGGCUCUCUCUUGCCCAGUUGUGCUUAAAUGUGUUUGUUAAAAGAUACCAGAUGCCUCUGGGUGAUCAUCUUCGGCUGGGACAUGUGGCAAGGGCAUGUGGACAAGGUUGUCAGCUAUAACCUGCUCCCCUUUUUCAUGAGUGAGUCUGGGACAGGAUAUGAGAAAUGGGGAAGCCUGAGGCAGGUGGGAGAUGGGGGACUGAGGCCGGGAUGGAAGUAGCUAGGAUGUACAUGUCUUCUGAUUUUACACUCAGUGAAGGGAGAAGUGAACUUAAUGUUUAUCAAAUGGCCUAUUUGGUGUUGAACAGUGUUUGAGGUCCUUUAUUUUCUUGUCCUCAAAGAUUGCCAAGUGAACAAUGGUUGAAUUGGGGGUAGCAGAGAGAGGAAGAAGAGAGUCAGGGUACCUAGUAUAUAUCCUCUUUACCUUCCUCCCCAGCCUUGUCCUGGGACUGGCAGGUAGAAACAGUAGGUUUGGGAAUAAAGGCAGAAACUAGAACAGGGGGAAUGGGUGAGGAAAGUGGAGAUUGAAUUGAGGGUUUUCCUAAGACACUGCACCCAGCCUGGGGGCUGGGGGUGAGAAGAGAGGCAGGAACCAAAGGCAGGGGGAGGGGCACGAGGGCUGCAGGGCCGAGCAGAGUUGGAGGUGGGAUUUGUCAUGUGGCUGCUGCUGAAGGAGCCUGGGGUUCCAAGAUGAUCAGUGAUAAGAAGCAAGUCAUGUCUUGUCCAAGGCUGC